CGUCGGCGCUGCAUGCUUCCAUCCCAAAGUGAGACGGAGGCCCUCGCGGAUGCACAGCUUUCUGUGGCUGAGGAGGAGGAUACUUCUUCAUCCUCCUCUACCUGCUCCUCCUCUUUUCCCUCCUCUUUUCCCUCCUCCCUCUCCUCCACCUCCUCCCUUUGUCCUCUACUCUCAAGCAGCCCAGGGGGGGAGGAGGAGGCGUUUGCUGCUGAGACACAGAGUCCUCCCCAGGGUCUGCAGAGAGCCGGCUCCCCCAUCACUGCCGUUGCCUCCACGUCAUGGAGUCAACCCAAUAAGGGCUCCAGCAGCCAGGAAGAGGAGGAGCCGAGCACCUCGCAAGACCCUCAGUCCUUGCCUGGAAAUGAGAUUGAUAAAAGGGUGGGUGAUCUGGUCUAUUUGCUGCUCCUCAAGUAUCAAAUGAAGGAGCCGAUCACAAAGGAAGAAAUGCUGAAUGGUGUCCUCAAAAACUACGAGGACCAAUUCCCUACCAUCUUCAGCGAAGCCUCUGAGUGCAUGCAGCUGGUCUUUGGCAUUGAUGUGAAGGAA